AUGUCUUCCAGUACGGCCGCCGCGGCCGCGGGUAGCAUCGCUCGUGGAGUGCAGAAACUGUUCGUUGGCAACCUGCCGUGGACCAUCAGCACCAAGGAGCUAAAGGCGUACUUUUCCAAGUACGGGCACGUUCACUCGACCAACGUAAUCUACGACAAGACUACCGGCAUCAGUCGCGGGUACGGAUUCAUCGUGUUUAGCACCCGGGAAGGUUUCGCCAAUGCUACGAAUAAUCGACUGCACGUGCUCGAGGGCCGUGUCCUUGAGCUUCAACCUGCCACUUCUUAACGUUCGAGCAAAACGCGUUCACUAGAGUAGAGAUGACUUUUCUUUAAUAAAAUCUAUAUUAUGU